AGGAGAGAAUAUGCCUUUGUGCUGGCUAAUCUUUACAUUGCAUUUAGAUGGGGUUUUAAUGGGGGGUAUAUAGCUUACUGUUCGAAUUUCAAAUUUUUACAUCUUGCUCAUUUCCAUUUUGAGCAACCUUAGCGAAUGAAAGGCCAAGAAUGCAACAUCUGCCACGCCCACUGUAGCGCAGAGUGGAAUCUUGCUUCGCGUUGACGCAGACGACUAGUUCCACAAGACGAACCCGCUCGGAGUAACCGCAGCCUCGAGUAACCGCAGCCUCGCAGCCUCUGACUCCUCUGGGGCGCGUUGGGCGGGAGGCUAUGAUAAAGACUGAACUAGGUAAAUUGCACACAGUUUAACAUAAACGCAAUUAAAUGCAAGUUAUAGCAGGGUUGGAUUGUUGGAAUUCUCGACAUUUAACCCUGAUAUUAACCUCACCAGCAGCCGAUACAGACAGACAAAAGGGAGAGAGAGACCGCUUCUUGUUCCUCCCAACCCGCCUUUGAAUGUGAGCUGUCCGCGGUACCUGGACGGGAAAGAUGCAGCAAAGAAGAUGCGGAUUGUUUAUGGUUUUAUCCUUUUUACUACAGAUGGGGAAAGCAGAUGUUUUUUCUGGUGACCAUGACCGCUACAUGACCAGGACCGGUGAAGGGAGGCGGUGGUCGGACAGCCCGGUCCUGGUGUACCGUCACGUGGACCAAGAUGGCCAGGAGAAGACCCUGGGUCUGGAGACACCCGGGUGGCAGCGUGGCGGGGACAGAGACAGUCUCCAUGCCUUGGUUAACACCCUCAAUGCCCAGCACCAGGCCAGACUGGACAGCUUCAGGGACAUGACCAGAGUGGACAGCCUCCUCACCCAGUCCUCCCAGACCCAUGCCCGGCUGGCUAAGCUGAUGCCCGCUGCCCUGCUGGAGUCCCGGUUCCGCCAGGCGCCCCGUGGGCACGGAGCCGUCAGCCUGCUGGCACAGCCGGAGCAGGAGGUACGGGUGGAGAAUGCUCCAGUCUCAGCACGCUAUAUCGUCACCGUGAACCUGCAGGUUGAUGUGAGGAGGUUAAACGUGUCUCUUCUAAAGCGGUUCAGAGAGGGAGUAGCUGCUGCUCUGGACAUCUCUCCCAGACACGUUCACAUCAACAGAAUCAAUGAGAGGAAGAAUGGCAUUGAGCUGUAUGUGUCAUCUGACAGGCCAGGGGCCACGGAGCCCCUCCCAGCAGAGGAAGUUAUCCAAUCACUGAACAUAAACAUCCUGCAUCGUAGCCUGGGUCACUUCGGUAUCACAGAGGUCUCCUCAGAGAAGAAUGUGCUACAGGAUCAACAUGAGAGGGACAAUGUUUGGACUAAAGAGGGAUUCUUUGCUGCGGUCAUCUUCCUCACCAUCUUCAUCAUCAUCACCACCUGUUUGAUGGUCCUCUACCGUCUAAAGGAGAAGGUUGAGUAUUCUGACAGGCAGAUCAAAGAGCAGCCCGUGUUCCCCAGCCGCGACCUUCACCUGACCCCUGUCACCGUAGCACCCCCGGUCCCGUUGCACGCCGUCGGAGCCCAGACCCAGCCCCAGGUCCCCUUCUCUAGCAGCAUGGUCCAAGCAGAACCAGCACCGCCUUCUAUACCCACAUUCAUACCUCCACCCAGAGCCUGCCGUCCUCCACCCACCACCCCUGUCCCCAUCCCUGUCUCCAGCUGUGGUCCUCCACCCACCACCCCUGUCCCCGUCCCUGUCUCCAGCUGUGGUCCUCCACCCACCACCCCUGUCCCCAUCCCUGUCUCCAGCUGUGGUCCUCCACCCACCACCCCUGUCCCCAUCCCUGUCUCCAGCUGUGGUCCUCCGCAGCUCUCUCCAGCCCAUCAGAAACCCUGCCUGUCAGCCAGCCCCUCUCCCUUCAGGAUGAAGCCUGCGGCGUGUCUUCAGGAGAGGAGAGGCUCCAACGUCUCCCUGGUGCUGGACAUGUCCUCACUGGCCUCGGUGGAGCCCCUGAACUGUGGGGUGGUGACGCCCAGAGAGAGGGCCACUCAGGAGUACCUGCAGUCAUCCGGCCGGACCCUGUCCAGACAGCAGCUACGAGACGUGGUGCUCAACACACAGACGCUACACGCAGAGUUCGCUGAAAUCCCAAUGAACUUUGUGGAUCCGAAGGUGAUGGACAUUUCCAGUCAUGGAACCAAAAACAGAUACAAGACAAUACUGCCAAAUCCACAUUCCAGAGUGAUCCUGAGGACCAAGAGCUCCUUCGACCCUCUCAGCAGCUACAUCAACGCCAACUACAUUAGGGGUUACCUAGGCGAUGAGAAGGCCUACAUUGCCACCCAGGGUCCCAUGAUCAACACAGUGAAUGAUUUCUGGCAGAUGGCCUGGCAGGAAGACUGUCCUGUCAUCAUCAUGAUCACCAAGCUCAGGGAGAAGAACGAGAAAUGUGUUCUGUACUGGCCAGAGAGGCGUGGUAUCUACGGCAAGGUGGAGGUGCUCAUUAACAACGUGACAGAGUGUGACAACUACACCUGCCGUACCCUCACCCUGAAGCAAGGGGCCCAGAGUCGUGUGGUGAAGCACUACUGGUACACAUCAUGGCCGGACCAUAAGACCCCAGACAGCGCCCAGCCCCUGCUCCAGCUGAUGAGAGACGUGGAGGAGGACAGGACGGGCUCCCCGUCCCAGGGACCCGUCAUCGUACACUGCAGCGCGGGGAUUGGCCGAACGGGCUGCUUCAUCGCCACGACGAUAGGCUGUCGUCAGUUGGAGAUGGAGGGAGUGGUGGAUGUGCUGGGGAUUGUGUGUCAGCUCAGAGCGGACAGAGGAGGCCUGAUCCAGACAGGGGAGCAGUACGAGUUUGUCCACCACGCUUUGAGCCUCUUCGAGACCGGCCUCUCCGCCGACACCGGCCAAUGAACAGAGGCCAGGAAGUUUCUGCUAGACAUGCCAGAUUUUUCCAGGAAGUGGAAUUUAAUUCCCCCUAGCGGGAAGGACCUAUCUUACCUGGUGACUGUGAGGUCAUGUGACUAAUGUGGAAGUGGAUAUUUGGGUGACGAUUGGAUGGUAGAUGUCCUUGUGGGCUUAGUCUUUGUGGACAUGUAUGGACAGCCUGGACUGCUAUUGGCUGAUUGAUUGAGUCUCCUUACAGAGAGAGAGAGAUGGAGGUAUGGACAGCCUGGACUGCCAUUGGCUGAUUGAUUGAGUCUCCUUACAGAGAGAGAGAGAUGGAGGUAUGGACAGGUGAUUUUGUCUCUGAAUGUAAUGUAUCCUUUCUUCUCUUCCUCCUUUUCCUCCUCUUCUUCUUCUUCUUCUUCUACUACUUCCUGUCAUUCGUGAGCAGCUCUGCUUCUGAAAACGUUGUUGUGAGCAACCUGCCUCUGUCCAAUCAAACUCUCUGAUACUGCAGCUCUGUCCAAUCAAACUCUCUGAUACUGCAGCUCUGUCCAAUCAAACUCUCUGAUACUGCAGCUCUGUCCAAUCAGAUUGCCUGAUAUUGAUUCUGUAGUAUAUCUCCACUCUGACCUCUUACUACUAUGUGCUACAGUAGAUGGGUAGGUAGUCUGUGGUCCUUGAAUCGUCCACGGUGUUUCUAUUAAAAAGCAAAAGGUACGUUGUCGAAAUUAAUAGCACUUGUCUUUGUGACUUUACUAGGAUAUUUUUGAAUUAUGAUUUAUUUAAUUUUUUAAACUAUGUGCUGUUACACAAAGGGUAUUAUUCUAAAGACUGUUAUAUUCCAUUGGAGGUUGGCCUUUUCUCUCAGUAACACACUAGAAGCUGCCCCUCUGCCAUAUAGUAUACCUCUGAGAGCAUGUUGAUCAUCCAUUGAAACAUCAGUGUAUGAAAGGUGAGGGAACGAUUGGGCCUGUCUGCACGGUACUACACAUCAAAAGGUCUUUACGCUAUGGGGAUGGCUGUUAUACACACUGAAUUGGAAGCAAAGAACAACAACAAAAAGCCAGCCGACACGCGGCCCUUCAGGAAUUGAGUUUGGCAGCCCCCUGCUAUAGGCCGUCCUAUAGAUCUACCUUAUUCACAGAGAACUGUCAUGGCCGCCGUGUGAUCCAAUGUUGUUCCAUACCAAAGCUCGCUAUUAUGAGUUACCGUGUGAUCUACCCUGGCUCUGAAAUGGCAUGACAUUUCAUCAGUAAAUCAAUCUUACGACCAAAACAUUUUUUUUUUUUUCAGACAAUCAUUUAUUUUCCAUUUCUUGGCUUUCAAAUCCAUCCUUAGAUAUAUUGUGUUGACAAUUAAAGGCCCAGUGCAGUCAAAAACAUGAUUCCCCCCCCCCCCCCUGUGUUUUAUAUAUAUUCACAUACUAUGAUGUUGGCAGUUAAUUGAAAUUGAGAUGAAAACGGCUGUGUUGGGCCUUUAAGCAUCACAGAAAAUUAUACGACUACUUUCUUUACCAAAGUGUAAACGUUUGCGUUUAAAUGACAAUGGUGCACUCAUGUUAUGUUUAAUUGUUGAUCAUAUAGAUUAAAUUACAGUAAUAAUAAUGCUUUUAGUUUUAUACAAUAUUAAGAUCAUGUUUUGAUGUGUAACAUUAAACUCAUGAUCAUCUUUUAGACAUGACGUUUUCUCUGUAUGACUGAAUGGUAUACAGUGGGGCAAAAAAAGUAUUUAGUCAGCCACCAAUUGUGCAAGUUCUCCCACUUAAAAAGAUGAGAGAGGCCUGUAAUUUUCAUCAUAGGUACACUUCAACUAUGACAGACAAAAUGAGAAAAACAAAUCCAGAAAAUCACAUUGUAGCAUUUUUUAUGAAUUUAUUUGCAAAUUAUGGUGGAAAAUAAGUAUUUGGUCAAUAACAAAAGUUUAUCUCAAUACUUUGUUAUAUACCCUUUGUUGGCAAUGACAGAGGUCAAACGUUUUCUGUAAGUCUUCACAAGGUUUUCACACACUGUGGGAGAACUUGCACAAUUGGUGGCUGACUAAAUACUUUUUUGCCCCACUGUAGAUUCCCAGACACUUUAUCUCUGAAACAAAACAGUUAUUACAAAGAUAACGUCAAUCAGACACUUAUCAUUUUUUUGUCCGGAUUAUCUGACCCUGAUUUCAAACUCUGAUAUACUGUAGCUUCUGAAUGCCAAAUACAUACAGUUGAAGUCAGAAGUUUACAUACACCUUAGCCAAAUACAUUUAAACUCAGUUUUUCACAAUUCCUGACAUUUAAUCCUAGUAAAAAUUCCCUGUCUUAGGUCAGUUAGGAUCACCACUUUAUUUUAAGAAUGUGAAAUGUCAGAAUAAUAGUAGAGAGAAUGCUUAAUUUCAGUUUUUAUUUCUUUCAUAACAUUCCCAGUGGGUCAGAGGUUUACAUACACUGAAUUAAUAUUUGGUAGCAUUGCCUUUAAAUUGUUUAACUUGGGUCAAACGUUUUGGGUAGCCUUCCACAAGCUUCCCACAAUAAGUUGGGUGAAUUUUGGCCCAUUCCUCCUGACAGAGCUGGUGUAACUGAGUCAGGUUUGUAGGCCUCCUUGCUCGCACAUGCUUUUCAGAAUCUGCCCACAGAUUUUCUAUAGGAUUGAGGUCAGGGCUUUGUGCUAGCCACUCCAAUACCUUGACUGUGUUGUCCUUAAGCCAUUUUUCCACAACUUAGGAAGUAUGCUUGGGGUCAUUUUCCAUUUGCAAGACCCAUUUGCGACCAAGCUUUAAUUUCCUGACUGAUGUCUUGAGAUGUUGCUUCAAUAUGUCCACAUCAUUUUCCUCCCUCAUGAUGCCAUCUAUUUUGUGAAGUGCACCAGUCCCUCCUGCAGCAAAGCACCCCCACAACAUGAUGCUGCCACCCCCGUGCUUCAUGGUUGGGAUGGUGUUCUUCGGCUUGCAAGCCUCCCCCUCUUUCCUCCAAACACAACGAUGGUCAUUAUGGCCAAACAGUUCUAUUUUUGUUUCAUCAGACCAGAGGACAUUUCUCCAAAAGGUACGAUCUUUGUCCCCAUGUGCAGCUGCAAACCGUAGUCUGGCUUUUUUAUGGCGGUUUUGGAGCAGUGGCUUCUUCCUUGCUGAGCGGCCUUUCAGGUUACGUUGAUAUAGGACUCGUUUUACUGUGGAUAUAGAUACUUUUGUACCUGUUUCCUCCAGCAUCUUCACAAGGUCCCUUGCCGUUGUUCUGGGAUUCAUUUGCACUUUUCACACCAAAGUACAUUCAUCUCUAGGAGACAGAACGCGUCUCCUUCCUGAGCGGUAUGACGGCUGCGUGGCCCAAUGGUGUUUAUAGUUGCGUACUAUUGUUUGUACAGAUGAACGUGGUAACUUCAGGCGUUUGGAAAUUGCUCCCAAGGAUGAACCAGACUUGUGGAGGUCUACAAUUUUUUUUCUAAGGUCUUGGCUGAUUUCUUUAGAUUUUUGCAUGAUGUCAAGCAAAGAGGCACUGAGUUUGAAGGUAGGCCUUGAAAUACAUCCACAGGUACACCUCCAAUUGACUCAAAUUAUGUCAAUUAGCCUAUCAGAAGCUUCUAAAGCCAUGGCAUCAUUUUCUGGAAUUUUCCAAGCUGUUCAAAGGCACAGUUAACUUCGUGUAUGUAAACUUCUGACUCACUGGAAUUGUGAUACAGUGAAUUAUAAAUGAAAUAACCUGUCUGUAAACAAUUGUUGGAAAAAUGACGUGUGUCAUCCACAAAGUAGAUGCCCAAACCGACUUGCCAAAACCACAGUUUGUUAACAAGAAAUUUGUGGAGUGGUUGAAAAACGAGUUUUAAUGACUCCAACAACCUAAGUGUAUGUAAACUUCUGACUUCAACUGUAGAUUGGACAUGAUUCCCUUCAAACUUUUCUGGUAAUUCCUGAAAAUCUAAAGUGAGUUGCACAAUUACUAGCUUGGAAUCCAUCCUGAAUAGCGCUCCAUUUCACAAUGGUUUCACUAGUAAAGCAGAGUUGUAUUCAGGGUGGACUCUAGACAAAACAAAUACCCCUCCCUGCUCCUUCCUCUUCUAACAAGACAUCCAUGAGGUCAUUUCCUAAACUACGCUAGGGUUUCUAACUCAACAAGACGAUUCCCACAAACAGCCAAAGUUAUUCUCAUCAAAGCUGCUUGCCCAUACAGAUCAUGCUUUAGAAUAGUUUAGUAGCCUGGAACCUCAAACUGAAUAUUUCACUAUUUCACUGAAACAGUAGAGAAGCAGAGUAAUAUUUGUGUUCCAGUCUCGGGUUUUAGUGAUCAAUAGCCGGGUGGUCUAUAAUCUACAUUCUGCUUCUCUUCAAGUACAUUAUAUUCAUGGGCUGCAUGUUUGGUCACAAUGUUGUUUUUUUACUAAAUGCAUCGUCAUUGAGCGCUGAUGAAGAUUUAAUCAAAAGCGCAUUACAGUGGAUUUGAAAUGCAAUGACAUUCAAAAUGAGGCAAAUAAUUUGUAGGAAAACGUUGAAUGUCACCAGAUUGACUUUCACUAGCUCGCUAAAAGUGAGGAGAGGCCACCGGAUUUUAGCUAGCUAACGUUAGCAUUGCUAGCUAUUUUCGACGAACUUUACUAGCUAAUGACAACAUUGCCAUGUCUAAAGUAAAUUUUGAAGACAUGAUAACGCCGGCAUUAAGUUGUGUCCUACUAAAUAUUUGACUACUUUCGCAAUAUCAUCGUAUUUCCAUACACUGUAGUGUAAUUUUGACUAAACAGUAGUUAGCCUCCGCCCAGAAUGCCUCCGGUAGAGGGAGGCUUGACAACGUUCAUAACAAUGGCAUGACACGACCGAGUGACGGAGGUGCAAACCAUGAAUAUGCAUGAUGGAGGAAUAUAUAUACACUACAUCUGAAAGUGCUAUUAAAGAUAUUGUGAUCAGGCAUAUCUAUAAGGACCAUUUAACAUAAUGUGAUCAGGCAUAUCUAUAAGGACCAUUAAACAUAUUGUGAUCAGGCAUAUCUAUAAGGACCAUUAAACAUAAUGUGAUCAGGCAUAUCUAUAAGGACCAUUUAACAUAAUGUGAUCAGGCAUAUCUAUAAGGACCAUUAAACAUAUUGUGAUCAGGCAUAUCUAUAAGGACCAUUAAACAUAUUGUGAUCAGGCAUAUCUAUAAGGACCAUUAAACAUAUUGUGAUCAGGCAUAUCUAUAAGGACCAUUACACAUAAUGUGAUCAGGCAUAUCUAUAAGGACCAUUAAACAUAUUGUGAUCAGGCAUAUCUAUAAGGACCAUUAAACAUAAUGUGAUCAGGCAUAUCUAUAAGGACCAUUACACAUAAUGUGAUCAGGCAUAUCUAUAAGGACCAUUAAACAUAUUGUGAUCAGGCAUAUCUAUAAGGACCAUUAAACAUAAUGUGAUCAGGCAUAUCUAUAAGGACCAUUACACAUAAUGUGAUCAGGCAUAUCUAUAAGGACCAUUAAACAUAAUGUGAUCAGGCAUAUCUAUAAGGACCAUAUAAGAAUCUAUCUUGCUGCUGAAAAUGUGCAAGUGUUCAACCAAGGAGUAUGCAGAUUGUUGUUUGUUGUGUGACGAUGAAUUGAGAAACAUUUCACUUUUUGUAUGUACUUAUGGAUGAUUUUUGUAUUGUUAUUCGUGAUUAAAAAAAAAAAGGUUUUGAAUACAUAAAAUGUUAACCGUCCGUGCAUAUUGUUUACUGUUAGUAGAGUUGUAUCUAUCCACUAUGUGGGCUUAAUGGCCAUAUUAGCCAGGAGGACAAAGGUUCUGCGUUCCAAAUGGGACCCUAGAGUCUUUAAAGUGCACUACAUUUGACCAGGCCCAUAGAGCUCUGAUCACAAGUAGUGAACUAUCUAGAGAAGAGGGUUUAGGAUGCAAGCCUAUGAGUUCUUCCCUUAUGUACUACUAAUGGACUUGAAUGUUGUGAUUAGUUCUCUCUUUGUCCGACAUAAUAACCACAGUAGUAACUAUUUAUAUAUCUGAUAUAAGCUGUACAUAUUGUAUGUAUGCUUUAAUGAAAUGUACAUGUUUGGAGGGCAACACAAGGAGAGGUGCAGGCCUCAAACAGCUGUUUGUGUUGUUCCUACUACUGAGGGGAAAAGUUUUUUUUAUCUUCUACUGUACGACUGGACAUCUGUUCACUAAAUACUAGUUGGUGCGGAGGAAAUACGUUGCCAUUAAUCUGUAAUCCAACUCUUGUAGUGUUUAUUCAAAAAAAAAGCGUGUGUAACAACAGACCAAAAGUAAAAAUCUAAAACUUAGCUAAAACUAAAACAGUGUGUUGAGUAAUUGUUUUGGUGGUUUACUGAGGGUUUAGUACUGAAGCCAUACUAUGACCUUGAGACAGCUCUGAAGUGUUCUGUUGACUAUAUUACUGUACAUGCAAUAUUCCUGGAUGUUACUCUAGUACCCUGUGUUGUGCAGAGUUAUACUACGUUGAGAGUACUACGUUGAGAGUUGUACUACCUUGAGAGUACUACAUUGAAAGUUGUACUAGCUUGAGAGUACUACGUUGAGAGUUGUACUACGUUGAGAGUUGUACUACCUUGAGUGUACUACAUUGAGAGUUGUACUACCUUGAGAGUACUACAUUGAAAGUUGUACUAGCUUGAGAGUACUACGUUGAGAGUUGUACUACGUUGAGAGUUGUACUACCUUGAGUGUACUACAUUGAGAGUUGUACUAGCUUGAGAGUACUACGUUGAGAGUUGUACUACCUUGAGUGUACUACAUUGAGAGUUGUACUACCUUGAGAGUACUACAUUGAGCGUUGUACUACCUUGAGAGUACUACGUUGAGAGUUGUACUACGUUGAGAGUUGUACUACCUUGAGAGUACUACGUUGAGAGUUGUACUACCUUGAGUGUACUACAUUGAGAGUUGUACUACCUUGAGAGUUUUACUACCUUGAGAGUUGUACUACAUUGAGAGUACAACGUUGAGAGUUGUACUACCUUGAGAGUACUACGUUGAGAGUUGUACUACCUCAAGAGUACUACGUUGAGAGUUGUACUACCUCAAGAGUACUACGUUGAGAGUUGUACUACCUUGGCUAGACAGUUAGCGGCUUGAAGAUGCCACUAAACUGCCCUGUACCUAAACAGAAAAUGAUAUUGUACCCAAUGAAACUGCUGAUACUGUACCUCCUGUAAGACCUUACUGCCAAUAAAGAGAAACUGUUUCGAACUAUCA